UGUCGUGAAAGCUGCAGAAAAGAAACCGCGAAGCUCGCCAGCGCGUGUCGGUUGAUCCCCCGGUGCCCAAUGAAUUUCAAAGUGGACAUGGGUUUAGACUUUGAAGGAAACGGGCAUUUGUUUACAUCUUGAAUUUCCAGCGAAUCAUCGAGCACCGCUCUCUUGGAAGACUUCCCGGAUGGUCCUAGCGCUCCAAGUGCUCAACACCCCACGCUCCACACCGUCUUCCAUCCUUGCACAUUUCGGUCUUAUCAGCACGUGAGCUCCUAAUCUCUCUGUAUCGUUCAAUAAUGGUGGGUCCUAAUCGGCGCAACAUUUCGAGGAACCUUUGAAGCCGACGACAGCCCACCUCAUUUGCGAUGCAAUUGCUGUUGCCAUAACACGCCACUUCAUCCCGCCCUUCUAAUCUGAGCGACAGCAAUCAUAACCAUGUCCAAGAACCCAAUCCGUCUUCCCCCCCUCCCGAGGCUUCGGGUCCGCAACCCAAACAAGCGCGAGCAAAACCCCUGCCUCACCAUCAUGUCCUCUGUCCUCGCGUGCUGGGCUUCCGCUGGCCACACUGGCAGAGCAUGCAACACAGUCGAAGACGCCCUCCGCGCCUGCAUGGACGCUCCCAAGCCCCCUCCAAAGCCAAGCAACACCAUCAACUACCAUCUCCAGAGACUGUCCUCGAAGCUUAUCAAGCAAGCGUCCAAGAACAAAUAAACGGGUUGUUAUGAAAAAGGAAGGAACAGGGAGAAGGAGAUGAGGAUGAACUAGACGGGAUUGAUUGCCACCUUCUUGAACAACACGCCGUGGGACAAGGGUGAAGCUCUGGGUGUUGACAGCCGUACGAGGGGUUUCUGGUGAAAGGGAAAGCCUGUGUUGCGCCGGAAAAUGGACGGCCAUCUUGACGUGGAGGAAGCGCAUGACGGAAGCCACGACUUACGGAGCUGGGCAGCGGAGCAGGGGAACGUUGGUAUAAACAAAACGGGCCGAGCAAAUUGCAUCGGGGAGGGGCGUUAGUGCUUUUUUGGCUGUAACAGGCUUUGACAAAUACCCGCCGUCAUGAAGAUGAUGGGUUUGUAUAUAAAAUGUACAAUAUGAAAAAUAUACGUAAAUACCCAACACCA